GCUAAAAGUCCAGUCACAGCAAUCAGGGCAAGGAAGUUUUGUGCAAUGUAUUUUUUUCAGCUGUGGAUUUGCUGCUCCUUGAUUGCUAAUAUGGAACAGACUCAGGAUAUGUCAAAAACAUUAUGAACACAAGACCUUCUGGGCAAAGACUACCAAUUCCCAGCAAUUGCCCAACAGAGAACAUCUGCCUUACAAUGUCAUUCUAAAGGACUUGCAUCUACAUGGUUAUAGGAAUGUCCAUCACUGCUCAAAACCUUAGUAAUCAGAGAUAAAGGCCACAGAAUCCAUCACCAUAAAUCAUGUUGGGGAAAAAGCUGGUGACAGCACAGAAACGAGGGGAGACCAGAGCAUUCUGCCUGGGCUUGGGAAUGGUAGCAUGCUCAGUGAUAAUGUAUUUCUUUAUCGGAAUCACCAUUGUACCCUUAUACAAUAAAAGUGUCUGGACCAAUAAAGGUGUAUGCGAACUGGAAAAUGCCAGCAUCAAGGAACAGCAGCAGUGUGACAGCUCCAGUGAUGAAAAUAAGUUUCAAUAUCCUUGUCUGGACAUCAUGGUCAAUUUGACACCUGUUGGGCAGGUGGUAAAGCUUUAUCACCAGGAGGAGACUGUGUUCAGAAACCCCAAGUGCUCCUACAUUCCCCCGACUCUGAAGAAUUAUACUGCAGUGCAAGAGAAUGUAGAAAAAGUAAGACAAAAUUUCACAGAAGCCCAGCUGUUUUAUUGUUAUUAUGACCCAUCAAGACAAGAAGCCACUGUCCUUUUAAACAGAGAAUAUCUUCCAGAGCGUCUUUUCUUCACUUUUGUCUGGCCAAGUCUGAUGUUGAUUGGUGGAGUCCUGAUUAUUGUCCUGGUGAAAAUAAGUCAGUAUUUUUCUAUAUUCUUAGCUCCACAGACCAGAACAGGUAUAUAGAAUGUCCCAAUGUUUGCCUGUAUCUUACAUUCACAUCUGUAUCCAAGACAAGCUGUGAACAAUUUCUGAAGUUUAAUCACUGUGAAGUAACAAGGUAGGAAGCAUAAAGGAGACAUGGAUAAGAUUAAGAGCUGGAGGCCAUCCAAAUGAGACACAUUAUUACUGUACUGCUUUUGAUCAGAUAAGAGUUGCAGAGUCAGCUUUUGUUCAUAAUUCAAGUUCUGAAUUGUUCCAUGAUCAGAAACCUGGGCAAGGAAAUUGGCUAUAUUCUCACAUACACUACUGUUGAAACUGUGGGUACUCAGAACAUUUUACAGAUUGAAAACACCAGUUAUUUUGGGCCACUCAGCACAGGCUUCCAUGUAAGCAUAGGCAUGGGUCCUUCAUUGUACACUAUGAGGGCUAGAUUUUAAAAUUAAUUAAUAUGACAAAAAGAAAGAAAUACCCUGUAAGCUAUUCAACAUAAUGUGGAAAAUGGAAGAACAUUCAUGUCCUGCCAUCUGCCCCUCCUACCCAAAGAAAUCCAAAUGAAUGUUAUAUUGUUAGGAUGCGACAUUUGCAACUGAAAUUAUUCAACACCUAUUGCAAAUCAGGUUUAUUAUCAAAAUUUACAGAUUUUCAGCAAAACAAUUCAGCAAUGAAGAUUUUUGCAAUGAUCAAAUCAAACAAGUCAUUGAAAUAGCGCAACACAAUGGAUGCUUUCUGCAAAUUCAACUGAAAUUGCAACUUAACCAGCUUUGAAAGCAAGCACUACAAGCAACUCAAUGUACUGGUAAAUUACUACAAUGCACUGUUGCAGCUGUUGUCAUUACCUGUGCAUUAAGCUAAUGUUUAAAGCUUCAUUGCUCACUGAAGAACAGUUGUGUGUUCAUGUGCUACCUAAAUCCCUAACAAGCAUAUACAUGGAGCCCUCUUAAUAGCAGAGUCUGAGUACCAGGCCAAAGGCAACCUUGGCAAAGACAUAAUAAUGGAGAGCAAGGCUAUCAAUGGCUAUUAGUGGGGGACUCUUCUAGCAUUACUGGGAAAUCCUUAUUUUUCCAUGGUUUCAGAUCAUACAGUCAUGGAUGGUUGAUUGGUUGACAGGCAUCCAUCUGUCUCAGAAGACAGUGGAAGAGAGCACCUUUGGAGGUGAAGUCAAAUUUUUGGAGACUUACAGCACCUGCUAUGACUGUACAGACUGAAAUGGAAGAUACCCAUUUUGUGCAGCUGGGGAAGAUGAAGGCCUCUGGUUUGCCGCUGCAGAUGCACCAUGGUGUUUCUUCUUUCUGUGCUUCUUCCAGCAGUCAUUCCUCCUCUGGUCACUGCUGUGGAUACAUGACUUGACUGUCUCCUGGCACUGCAGCCAUAUGCAAGGGAUUCCCACACAGGAGGGUUAAUGUUGCAAGCCUUCAUGUCAUAUUUGUAGACAACUUUGUAGCACAGAGAGCUGGUCUGCCAAAGGUCCAGGUGCCUGAAACCAGUUCUCCAUAGUACACGCCCUUGAAGAUCUUCCAUUCUGUGAACAUGACCAAGCGCGCGCAGAUGUUGCUGAUACAGGAGUACAAACAUGCUGGGAAUGUGGGCUUGGAAAAGCACAUCUUUGUUUGAGAUUCUGUCCUGCCAUGUAAUGCCCCAAAUCUUCCUGACACAGUGCACAUGGAAGGCAUUGAGGUGUUAUUCCUGGUGGGUGUAAGUUAUCCACGUCUCGGUUCCGUAAAGCAUUGUGUUCAACACACAGGUCUUGUAGCCCUUUAUCUUGGUAUGGGUUGUUAGCAUUGCAUUCUCCCAUAAGCUUUUGAGGAGGCUGAUUCAUAUACACAAAUAUUCAACACAGCCAGAGAGCCAUUUAAUUCAAUGUUCAUAGAUUGGGGACAGGACCUGCAACCACACUGUGCAGGAGUGGAGUGAAGAAUUUUUUUAAAUUGUAAAUGUAAAAAUGUGGAGAGCUGGACUUAAUAUAGGAAGAAUGAAAAACCGAGAGAAACAAAAACAUUUACCCAUCCUUCACCGUGCCACAGUGAUAGAGCACAUGAGGUGGUUGGUGGUUAGAGUCAUUCAGAUCUCAUUUUUAAUUCUAUAAGAAGGGUUUUGUAAAGCAGCAAAUACAGUACAAAACCCACACAUGGAUCCCCCAUUACAAAAGGAUUUCAAGUUUUCUAGCUCCAACAUAUUAUAAUUAAGUGAAUAAAAUUAAAGAACAAAAUCACAAUACACAAGGUGUGUCAAAUACUUCUAGAUUCACAGUUGCUGAAUCAACCAGCUGUUCUUUAAGCAGUUGUGGGGGUUCUUCAUAACCCUGGGCUCAGGUAUUUGAUCUUCUUUUUGCUUGGCCCCACGCGGUGCCAAGAAAAUUGCCUGGCCUCUGCAGAUGGAAUUCUCUCUCUGUUUAUUACUGCCUAUUGAGCAAUGCAAAUCAAAACAGCACACCAUUCAUGUUUAGUUACACUCAUAAUGCUUAUGCAAUUAGCAUUUGGAAAGAAAGCUAUAGCCUCAAAGGAGUUGCUGUUUUCCCCAAAUAUGAUCAGAGCAACACCAUCACCUCCCUGUUCCUCUAAGCAACUUACACUUCUGUGGUUUUAUUUUGGUGUUUCACAGUUGAGUGCAAAAGGUGUCAAGGUGUCAAGAAGUUGAAGAAAUUAUUUCACAGCUCCCAUAAGUGGGGGAAAAAAUCUGUAUAUUUAAUGGUUAAAACCAAACAAGGGGUCUGCUUCAAAAAGUGUCAAAUUUCACACCAUUUCCUGAAUGCAAGAGCUUCUCAUGUAGAGAAAAUACAUGCAUAGAUUUAUUGUAUGCAACCACCAUAUAUUAUUUUAGUAAUGUAUGCAGUCAACUAAAUAAACCCGUGUGAUCAUUACAUAUAGCAAGGCACACACAGGUUCCACACCAAUUCCUACAUUUGUAUGUAUUUAAUUUUUUAAAAUGUCACUCAUCCAAAUAGAUACGGACGGAAAUACAGCUAGGUAUUGAGACAGAAGUCUAAAAUUGCUCCCCUAUCUCUUCACUCCAAUCUCCUCUGGGCGGUCAGUGAAACCAAGGGACGAAGUGCCAAGGUGGCAUAUGAUUUUAUUUUAAAUUAUGAAUGAAAUUUAUACCUUAAAAACAACCAUGAAAACAGAUUGAACAUCAAUAGAUACAUUGCAAAUCACUAAAUAUAUCUGCCUAAUAUAGAACUAGCAUACCUCCCACCAUUUAUUAGAUGGAAAUUGGGACAUGCUCACAGUGUCAUACCAAGGUUCACAGCCCAAGCUGCCCUUCUACAAUUGCAUAUUGGUCAAGACUAAGCUCUGUCCACUGUAUUCAUCAAUCCUGCAAGAACUUGUUCUGUACUCUUUUCCAAACCAGUGUGUUUUUCUGUUUUAUUAAAUAUAACCAUUUUUAAAAUAUAGCUGUCCUAUAAUCUGCUUUAAACAGUUGGAAAUGAACUUCAUCAGAAUGUGAAGUGGCAAGCAGUGAACUAGGUAUAUGGGCAGGCUGUUUGGACCAGUGAAACCAACUAUGUGUCUCCUUGAUCCUUGCCCAUCCUGGCCCCUAAAAGCGAGCUGGGAAGGGUUGGGCGAUGAGCUCCGCGGGGUGGUGAAUGCCUCCCUCUGUGAGGGAGUCUUUCUAGACCGGCUUAAAAAAGUGGUUAUUAAUCUGCUUCUUUAAAAAAAUGUAUUCAUUCCCAUCAUUCCCAAAGCAUAUUCAUUCCCAUCAUUCAGUCCAGACAAUGCGAUCCUCCUCAGAGGGACUUCUGCUGAUUCUUUCAUUGAAAGAAACGAGGUUACAUGGAUUCAGGCAGAGGGCCUUCCUGGUAGUGGCGCCCUCCCUGUGGAACACCUUCUCUUCAGAUGUCAAGGAAAUAAACAACUAUCUGACUUUUAGUUAACAUCUGAAGGCAGCCCUGUAUUGGGAUGGUUUUAAUGUUUGAUUUUUAGUAGAAUCAUAGAAUCAAAGAGUUGGAGGAGACCACAAGGGCCAUCUAGUCCAACCCCCUGCCGAGCAGGAAACACCAACAAAGCAUUC